GGGUGCCUGACGGUCGCUGGGCGGCGAGCGGCGGCGAUGGCGACCGCGAUGGCAGCGACGGCGGCGGAGCGAGCGGUGUUGGAGGAGGAGUUCCGCUGGCUGCUGCACGACGAGGUGCACGCCGUCCUCAGGCAGCUGCAAGACAUCCUCAAGGAGGCCUCUCUCCGCUUCACUCUGCCCUGCUCUGGCACCGGCACGGAGGGUCCUGCCAAGCAGGAGAACUUCAUCCUUGGCAGCUGUAGCACAGACCAGGUGAAAGGCGUGCUCACUCUGCAAGGGGACGCGCUGAGCCAGGCGGAUGUGAACCUGAAGAUACCCCGGAACAACCAGCUGCUGCACUUCGCCUUCCGAGAAGACAAGCAGUGGAAGCUGCAGCAGAUCCAGGAUGCCAGGAACCAUGUAAGCCAAGCCAUUUACCUCCUUGCCAACCGGGAUGAAAGCUACCAGUUCAGGACGGGAGCAGAGGUCCUCAAGCUGAUGGACGCUGUGAUGCUGCAGCUGACCAGAGCCCGCAACCGGCUCACCACCCCGGCUACCCUUACUCUGCCUGAGAUCGCUGCCAGUGGCCUCACGCGGAUGUUCGCCCCUGCCCUGCCCUCUGACCUACUAGUCAAUGUGUACAUCAACCUCAACAAGCUCUGUCUCACCGUGUACCAGCUGCACGCCCUGCAGCCCAACUCCACCAAGAACUUCCGCCCAGCUGGAGGCGCCGUGCUCCACAGCCCUGGGGCCAUGUUCGAGUGGGGCUCCCAGCGUCUGGAGGUGAGCCAUGUGCACAAGGUGGAGUGUGUGAUCCCAUGGCUCAACGAUGCCCUAGUCUUCUUCACAGUCUCCCUGCAGCUCUGCCAGCAGCUCAAGGAUAAGAUCUCCGUGUUCUCCAGCUACUGGAGCUACAGGCCUUUCUGAACAGAACCCCCAAGAGUCUGUCCACCUGGGACAGACAAGGGACCACCUUGUCCCUCUCAGCUAUCCCCUCUCGGAGUGUUGGCCAGAGCCGGGCAGCAUGGGCUAUUUAUUUUCGUCUUUACCCCAUCCUGCCCAUCAUUUUUGCACAGAUGGAAAUGAACACUGGAAUCACUAAAAAGAAGGGACGAAGGCUUGCUUUUCAUUUUGCGGAGGGGGGUGGUCAGGAAGGCGGAGCAGAGAUGUGGCCCACAUUCCAAACCCUCCCUCCCUGCAGGCGGAAACCUUUGGACUCUGGGUGGGGCCAACCCCAGGGCUCUCCUUCCGCCUCCUUUUUCUGCUUGCUGAGCUGACCUUGGAUGGUGAAGGGUAGCCAUGCACACCCCCUCCAUGGAGGGUGAGGAGUGGGUGGCGACCCUAAGCUGUGAGU